GAGAGAGAGAGAGAGAGAGAGAGAGAGAGAGGAGGGAGGGAGAGGGAGAGGAAGAGGAAGAGGAACAGAGCCAUCGCUGUGACUUCAAGCCAUCAAUGGUGUCUCUCUCAAAACGAUAAUCCCGAGUGACAGAGAGAUUAUCAGUGCGCUAGUAACUUUGUGAAUGCUUGAAGGAACAGAGCAUCUCGGUGAAGUCGGAUGGACAACUCGGAAAUGGGCGUAUUGCAGGGCGAUAGCAGUAGAAUGGAAGGGUGGCUUUACCUGGUUCGUUCUAAUCGGAUUGGACUUCAGUACUCCAGGAAGCGAUACUUUGUUCUUCAAGACCAGUUGCUCAAGAGCUUCAAAUCCAUUCCUCUCUCUAAACACGAGGAGCCUAUCAGAAGUGCAAUUGUUGAUUCCUGCAUCCGAGUGACAGACAAUGGGAGAGAAAGCAUACAAAGAAAAGUUAUUUUUAUAUUCACCCUUUAUAAUACUAGAAAUCAUAAUGAUCAACUCAAGUUGGGAGCUAACAGUCCUGACGAGGCUGCAAGUUGGAUUCAGGCCUUUCAGGAAGCAGCUUUUAAGGCUGACUUGAAUAGAGGAGAUGCCACAAACUGUCAAAGACGUGACUCACAGUCUUUGAGGUUAAAUUGUCCCAGCAAGUCUCUCCGUGCAAAUUCUGUUAACUGGACUUUCAUUUCUUCCUCAGUCACAGAUGCUGUUGGAUCUGAUGUUGUUGCGCCAUCAUCAUGGACAAUUUCUGGUUGUCAGAAUGGACUUCGACUAUUCAAGGAAACUAAGGACAAGGAAUCACAUGGGAUGUGGGAUGACCAUCCUGCGAUAAUGGCAGUUGCUGUAGUUGAUGGAACUCCAGAGACCAUUUUUCAAACAUUCAUGUCCCUUGGUCCUUCAAGAUCAGAAUGGGACUUUUGUUUCUACAAGGGAAGUGUGAUUGAACAUCUUGAUGGCCAUACUGAUAUAGUUCAUAAGCUUCUGCUCCGUGAUUGGCUGCCUUGGGGUAUGAAGAGAAGAGAUCUUCUGCUGCAACGCUAUUGGAGAAGGGAGGAUGAUGGUACAUAUGUCAUUUUGUACCAUUCUGUGGUUCACAAGAAUUGUCCUCAACAAAAGGGAUAUGUCCGUGCUUGCCUUAAAAGUGGAGGAUAUGUAAUAUCUCCCAUAAAUCAAGGGAGACAGUCAGUGGUUAAGCACAUGCUUGCUAUUGAUUGGAAAUUCUGGAGAUCUUAUCUACGAACAUCUUUAGCCAGAUCUAUUACCAUUUGCAUGCUGCGAAGAUUGGCUGCUCUAAGGGAGCUAUUUAGGACAAAAGUAGGAGAAUAUUCCUCAUCUGAAUCCUCUGGAGAGCUAGUCAGAGUCAGAAGAUUAAACCAAACUGAAGAAGAGAAGGUAGAAGCCCAAAGAAGAUUGGAGAAUGGGAAGAAUAAGGAACACAUGGAAGAAGAAAUUGUUAAUGCACCUUCUGAACAUGCAAGCCUCAUUGGACUAGAUGAUGCUGAAGAUGAGUUUUUUGAUGUCUCUGAACCAUUAGAUUAUCAACAAUCAGAAAAUGGUUGGCCUUCUGACUAUGGGCAAGAGAUAUACUCUCAGGAUACGCACCAUCCCAGGUUAUCAACUGCUGCUGUAUUUGUGAAGAGAUUGCAUGAUCUUGCAGUGCAGAAGAGGGGUUAUGUAGAUCUGCAUGGGCUGGCGAGGGAAGAUAAUUUGUUGUGCAGCUAUGGAUCCACUCUACCAAAGGACUCAACUUGUAAUUUGCUUUGCAGUUGGACUGAAUCUGAUCCCUCUACAUUUCUAAUUCGUGGGGCAACUUAUUUGGAUGAUCGUAAAAAGUUUAAAGCAAAAGGCAUUUUGAUGCAAAUGGUUGGUGCAGAUUGGCUGAAGUCUGAUAAGCGAGAAGAUGACCUCGGUGGUCGCCCUGGGGGCAUUGUUCAGAAAUAUGCUGUAAAGGGUGGUCCAGAAUUCUUCUUCAUUGUGAACAUACAGGUCCCAGGCUCUACUACAUAUAAUCUUGCUUUAUACUAUAUGAUGAACACUUCUCUAGAAGAUGCACCCUUGCUAAAAAGCUUUGUAGAAGGAGAUGAUGCAUAUAGAAGUUCAAGGUUCAAGCUCAUACCUUACAUAUCCAAGGGAUCAUGGAUAGUCAAACAGAGUGUUGGAAAGAAAGCGUGCCUUGUAGGUCAGGCACUAGAGAUAAACUACUUCCGUGGAAGGAACUACUUGGAGCUUGGAGUGGAUAUUGGCUCAUCAACAGUUGCAAGGGGCGUGGUCAGCCUUGUCCUCGGUUAUCUAAACAAUCUAGUUAUUGAAAUGGCAUUUCUUGUACAGGCUAACACACCAGAGGAACUUCCAGAAUAUCUACUUGGAACCUGUCGGCUUAACCAUCUGGAUGCUGCUAAAGCUGUUCUUGUGAAACCUUGAUCAUGUAAAUUCUUCUCUUUUCAAGUCUUACACGAAAGCUAGAUCCAUUGAGUUGGACAGAAGACAUGGACAAUAUAUACCACCGAGCAUGCAUUUGGGAGAGCGAGGUUUGGAUUUAGUUGAUUCUUUUACUCAGGUAUCAACCAAAUUUUUAUAGUUCAGUAGUUUAGAACAUUAUUGGCAUUGUGAAAUCGAUUUGUCUUCUGGUGUUUGAACAAUUGAACUCUUUCUUGUCUCCUGACCUUUGCUAAUAUGAGAUUUAUGUGAUAUGCUGUUAAUUGAA